AUGACUUCAUUUGUGGCGGAAGAAUUUUCAACGGCAGAUGAAUUUCCAAACGAAAUACAGUCAUAUUCGUACAGACGUGAACGCCGAAGCUUGAGUAGUGUUAUAAGUCUAUAUCCUGUAAAUAAUUACUCUGUACGAAACAGUAACAACGAGGAUACUCCAUUGUUAUGCGACUAUAAGCAGUCUUUGAAAUUGCGGGAAGAUUAUGAAAAUGAUGGGAUGAUUCGCACGAUACAGGCUGUUCUACUGAGUCACCAAAAUUCAAUUGUUCACGUGUUGCUCUUAAAAAAUGGACUCAGUCAGCCGCAAUGGUCGAAGUUGCCGACGGUAACAUUAUAUCCCGAUGAAAAUGAAAGUGAUGGAAUGAAACGAUUAAUGGUCCAGGUUAUGGGAUUUGAAAGUGAAACUGCGGAAGUAAUUUGUAAAGUACAGCAUGUUGUCGCGAAAUGGUGGCGUCCUAACUUUGAACCACCCAUUUAUCCGUACAUUCCUUCACAUAUCACUAAACCAAAAGAGAUGAUAAAAGUGUUCACCGUGGACCUUCCUAAGCACGCAGUAUUUACAAUUGCGAAGAACAGUUUGUUAGUGGCAGCUCCUCUUUUUGAAAUCUAUGAUAAUACACAUGAAUAUGGACCUAUCAUUGCAAGUUUACCGCAUGUUCUUGGCCGCUUUAACUAUCUCUACAAUCCAUGA